AUGAUCCCCAACACAACUAUUCCCCCCGCGGCGGAGCCCGCCGACGACCAGAUCGCCGCGACCGCGAACCAGAAGAAGAACAGCAAGACCGGCAGAGACGGCAACGGCAACGGCAGCGGCCAUGGCUCGGGUAGACUAUUCGCCCAGGACGACGACGUUACCAGCGAGAAGCUGGUCGGCGAGAUGACCGAGUUCGAGAAGCGCAAGAUCAUGGCUGGAAACGCCAAGUUCCACCGCCUCGGCUGGAAACGUCUCGUGGUCGUCCUGAUCGUCCAGGCCGUCGCCCUGGGCUCGCUGUCCAUCCCCGGCGCCUUCGCCACCCUCGGCAUGGUCGCCGGCAUCAUCUGCUCCAUCGGCAUCGGCCUCAUCGCCAUCUACACGUCCUACAUCGUCGGCAAGGUCAAGGUCAAGUUCCCGCACGUGGAACACUACCCCGCCGCGGGAGGGCUCAUGUUUGGCCGCAUCGGGUCCGAGGUCGUCGGUGUCAUGCUGGUGCUGAUGUUGGUGCUUCUCACCGCCUCGCACUGCCUGACGGGCACCAUUGCCUUCCAGGUCAUCACGGAGAGCCACAUCUGCAGCGUCGUCUGGGGCGUCGUUUCCGCCGUGAUCCUCAUCCUGCUGGCGAUCCCGCCCAGUUUUGCCGAGAUGGCCAUCCUGGGCUACAUCGAUUUUGCCUCCAUCAUCCUCGCCAUUGGAAUCACCAUGAUUGCGACGGGGGUCACCAACUCCGCGAGCGAGACCCCGGCUCAAUGGUCAGCGUGGCCGAAGGAGGACAUCAGUUUCUCCAGCGCCUUUCUGGCCAUUUGCAACAUCUUCUUUGCCUACAGCUUCUCGAUAUCGCAGUUCUCCUUCAUGGACGAGAUGCACACGCCGACCGACUACAUGAAGUCCAUCUGGUCCCUGGGAAUACUCGAAAUCAUCAUCUACACGCUCACUGGGGCGCUCAUCUACUCCUUUGUCGGCCCGGACGUGCAGUCGCCGGCCAUCUUAUCCACUUCGUCAACCGUUGCCAAGGUGGCGUUUGGCGUCGCGCUCCCUGUCAUCUUCAUCAGCGGUUCAAUCUGCACGACGGUUGCGGCACGAUAUAUCCACGGAAGGGUGUACAAGGACAGCAUCACACGCUACAUCAACACCAAGGAGGGCUGGAUAACAUGGCUGGCCUUGAUCACCGUGUUUACCUGGAUCGGGUUUGUCGUCGCGGAAGCCAUUCCCUUUUUCAGCGAGUUAAUCGGCAUGGUCUCGAGUCUGCUCAAUUCCGGCUUCACGCUGUAUAUCCCAGCCAUGAUGUGGUUCAUUCUCAUCAAGGAGGGCAAGUGGUACAGCAAGAAGAACAUCUUCUGGAGUAUCUUGAACGGCUUGAUUUUCAUCAUGGGACUGAUUGUCUUGGUUGGUGGCACGUACUCAUGCAUCAAGAGCAUUAUUGACCAGUACAGUGCCGGGACAAUCAAGAACGCAUUCUCAUGUGCUCUGCUGAUCUAA